AUGUGUCCCGGUGCCGACCCUGAGCCCAAUGGGCAAGCCAAUGGUGUUAACGGUGUUGAUGGUGACCACCCCGGCUUCACCGGUAUUGAGACUCGCCAGAACCCUCACCCUUCCGCUUCCCGCAAUCCCUACGGCCACAAUGUGGGCGUGACCGAUUUCCUGAGCAAUGUUUCCCGCUUUAAGAUUAUCGAGAGUACUCUGCGUGAGGGUGAACAGUUCGCCAAUGCCUUCUUUGACACUGAGAAGAAGAUCGAGAUCGCCAGGGCUCUCGAUGACUUUGGUGUUGACUACAUUGAGCUCACUAGCCCCUGUGCUUCUGAGCAGUCCCGCGCUGACUGCGAGGCCAUUUGCAAGCUUGGUCUGAAGGCCAAGAUUCUCACUCACAUUCGUUGCCACAUGGAUGAUGCCCGUGUUGCUGUUGAGACCGGUGUUGAUGGAGUCGACGUUGUUAUCGGUACCUCCUCAUACCUCCGUGAGCACUCUCACGGUAAGGAUAUGACCUACAUCAAGAACACCGCCAUUGAGGUCAUUGAAUUCGUCAAGUCCAAGGGUAUCGAGAUCCGUUUCUCCAGUGAGGACUCCUUCCGUUCCGACCUGGUUGACCUUCUGUCUAUCUACUCUGCCGUCGACAAGGUCGGUGUGCAGCGUGUUGGUAUUGCCGACACUGUUGGCUGUGCCUCUCCCCGUCAGGUUUACGAGCUUGUCCGUGUCCUGCGUGGUGUUGUUGGUUGUGAUAUUGAGACCCACUUCCACAACGAUACCGGUUGUGCUAUUGCCAACGCCUACUGUGCCCUUGAGGCUGGUGCAACCCACAUUGAUACCUCCGUUCUGGGUAUCGGUGAGCGCAAUGGUAUCACCCCUCUUGGUGGUCUGAUGGCCCGUAUGAUUGUCGCCGCCCCUGAGUACGUCAAGAGCAAGUACAAGCUCGAGAAGCUCAAGGACAUUGAGGACCUGGUCGCGGAGGCUGUCGAGGUCAACAUUCCUUUCAACAACUACAUCACCGGGUUCUGUGCCUUCACCCACAAGGCUGGUAUCCACGCCAAGGCUAUCCUCAACAACCCCAGCACCUACGAGAUCAUCAACCCUGCCGACUUCGGUAUGAGCCGUUACGUGCACUUUGCCUCUCGUCUGACCGGAUGGAACGCCAUCAAGUCUCGUGCUCAACAACUCAAGCUGGAGAUGACCGAUGCCCAGUACAAGGAGUGCACUGCCAAGAUCAAGGCUCUGGCUGAUAUUCGUCCUAUUGCCGUCGAUGAUGCUGACAGUAUUAUCCGUGCUUACCACCGUAACCUCAAGUCCGGUGAGGACAAGCCUCUUCUGGAUCUGACUGCCGAGGAGCAGGCCCAAUUCGCCGCCAAAGAGAAGGAGCUUGCCCAGGAGGCCAAAGUCAACGGCCUUUAA